GAAGAGCCAGAAGCCACGUGUUCGUUUAUUUUCUCUCCGAUUCAUGUAAGUCAAACCGCACUAUCAAAACGCGAUGGCCUCGUCCGGACAAAUUUGUCGCAUUUGCCUGUCAGAUGACGAGCUGCAGGUCGCCAUCUACGGAACGUACGGUAGAAAGAGGAAAAUUCCGAUAAAAAUUCGCGUGUGCCUUCCCAUUUCGGUGGAUCCCAACGAUCAUCUUCCGAAGACGAUCUGCUACAGCUGUGUGGCUCGAUUGGACCAGUAUUACGACUACUUUUGCCACUCCUUAACCACCCAGCGUGUUCUAGAGGGAGAGGAAGUGAAUUUCCGCAACAACUGCAAGAAGAAGGUCGACGAAAACUUGACGGUUGCCUUCCAGAGACGUGUGCUCCAGGAACGGUCAAACGCGCAACUUAUUCCGUCAGUUCCGGUCAAUCCACAGCCACACAAGACCCAAACAUCCGCCAAACAACAGCUUACGCCACCGUCCGAGAAAGUUGCCCCACCGAAAGCGCCCCGGAAGCAGAGAAUCGACAGCGAGGAGGAUCUGCUUUCCCAAUCGCCUCAGAUGAAACAUGGAACCUAUAUCGUGAGGCCGUUCAAGAGUCCUGGCCCGAUUCCACCGACGAGCAGUUUUCUGGAUUUGAUGAAAAACCACAACCGAAAAAAGGCCAAAUCUAGGAACAGUCAAGGAAAGGGAACCUCCAAGAAGUUCCAUUCAACGUACGAUGCUCGGAUGGGUCGGACCUCACCGACUCUAUUCGAUGAUCCCUACUAG